UACCGCGAAGCUCCUCUCCUGGGCUCUCUCCCGCACCGUACCGGACCGGACCAUCGCACCCAGCCUUUCUGCAGCUUUCUGACGGCCAGCUAUGUUUUGUGUGCAGCAGUGAAGAAGAGGAGACUGGGGAGAUUUAUGUGCUACUGUUUGGUCCUCAAGGGGGAGGAGCCAGUUGUUGUUUCUACGCUGCAACGAGAAGGCGCCGCACCGAGAGGGUACGGGACUGCUCGCCGUGAAGAGGCGGCCUAAAGCGAUGACGGCCAGUCGGCCAGUUCAGGACUAGCUCAGCCUGAGGGAACCGCAGUGGAGGUGGAGGAAGAAGAGGAGGAGGCUGCUGCUACUGCUCUAGUCAUAGACCAUGAAGAGGCCCAAGCAGCAGACGGGGCCGCUGAGCUUCCUGAACUUCUUCAGCAGGAAGCCCAAAUCGGAGCCAAAGCCCGAGAGGCCAGUGGAAGCCUGGCCCAGAGAGGAGGUGGCCAUCACCCUGACCCCGAGCGAGCACCCCGAGCAGGACCUCAGCCUCACAGCAGAAGAGGCUGGAGGAGAAAGAGGAGAAGGAGGAGGUCCGCCAGCAGCGGCAGCGGCGGCGGCGACGGCGGUGGAGGCAGGCGAGGACGCUGCCGCCACAGCUGAGUGCGUGGGCGGGGUCAGCAGCGGCUCCACCGGCGUCCUGUCCGUCUCCACCUCCAGCCAGGAGCAGCUUUUGGAUGAACACUUGGAGGAGUGCCCGCUGUGCCUGCUCAGUCAACCACGUUGCCACUUCCCACGACUCACCUCCUGUUCCCACCGAACGUGCUCCGACUGCCUCCGCCAGUACCUGCGCAUCGAGAUAUCGGAGAGCCGGGUGUGCAUCGCGUGCCCGCAGUGCCCCGAGACGCUGGCGCCGCUGGACGUCCGCGCCAUCCUGGAUGACCGGGCGCUGCUGGAGCGCUUUGAGGAGUACCAGUUGAGGCGAUUCCUGGCCGCUGAUCCAGAUACGCGCUGGUGCCCCGCGCCCGACUGCAGCUAUGCAGUGAUAGCUUACGGCUGUGCAGAAUGUCCCAAGCUGAGCUGUGGCCGUGAGGGAUGUGACACCGAGUUCUGCUACCACUGUCGCCAGCUGUGGCACCCCAACCAGACGUGCGAUCAGGCCCGGCGCCAGCGAGCCCGCCACACCUCAGGGGGCCACGAUGCCUCCACGCUGUACGUCUUCAAUGAAGAACCUGGAGGAGAUGCAGAGGAGAUCAAAGCGUGCCCUCGCUGCGGUGCCUACAUCAUGAAGACCAACGACGGCAGCUGUAACCGUAUGAACUGCACUGUGUGUGCCUGUCAGUUCUGCUGGCUGUGUAUGCAGGAGAUUACCGACGUGCACUACCUCAGUCCCUCAGGAUGUACAUUCUGGGGGAAGAAGCCGUGGUCUCAAACCCGCAAGGUUCUGUGGCAGGUGGGCAUGUUGCUCGGGGCACCGGUGGUCAUCUCCCUUAUAGCGGGCAUCGCCAUCCCAGUCAUCAUCGUGGGCAUACCAAUCUACAUGGGCCGCAAGGUCCAUGGUCGCUGUAAGAAAAACACUAUCUCAGGAAGUAAGCACUACUUGACUGUGGCAAGUGGGGUGAUGAUGUCAGUGUUCGUGUCGCCGGUCAUAGCGGCUAUCACUGUGGGUGUGGGUGUGCCGCUAAUGCUGACUUAUGUCUAUGGGGUCGUCCCCAUGUCGCUCUGUAGGAACGGUUGGUGUCGACCGCAGAGUGAGCCGCCCGAAACACACAAAAUCCAACUGGAGGACUUAGCCAGCUAUCUUCUAUUCUCUCAUGUAGUCAGUGACCACUGGACGGGUCAGAACAAGCCAACGCCCAGCGACACUAGUGUCCAGGAAGUCCGAGUCAGUGUACAGGAAGUGGGCGUCCUCCCCAGUACAAGCACCACGCCCCCGGAGUUAGACAGCUAUGAGGAAUUGGAUGAAGCCACAAAACACCUCGGAUACACCCAGCAGGACAGCCAAUCAGACUGCCAGGUGGUUAUUGUGCCUGACAGCAAGCUCGAUGACACACAAGCAUUUCCUUUGAGGGAAGGAACCAAUUUUGAGGUCCGUGUGGAAAUUGAAACCCAUCCCAGAGGCGCCCGCCAGUCCAGCCUAAGUAGCAUCCUGUCUAGCCGAAGCUUGUCAGUGGAGUCCCUGGGACACUCGCAGUCCCAGUCCCAAGACUACCUGUGUGCCUCAGAACUGGAAGGAAGUCGAGACGGGGAAGGAGGAGAGGAGCAGGAGGGAAGAGAGAAACCAGGAGGGGAAGCGGGAGGAGAUGAAGGGACGGUUUUCCCGGUCUUUGAAGUAGACGGUGUAUGAGGUCCUCCAAUGCAGGCUUUGUACUUGGUUGGAGAUUUUAUGGAAAUAAAGAAAUCCAUGAGCUGACAUGUCACUGGAUUGACCUUUUAAAUGGUUGGCCAAGGCCACCUCCUGCUUCCAAGGCCGGCCCUCCCACCAGUUGCCUUCUAGCUCCAGCCUCUAA